AUGGCGGUCAGCGCGAGCGCCAUGGGCGCGCACGUCAUCCGGACGCUGGACGACAUGCUGCUCCGGGGUCUGCUGCGCAAGGCGGGCGCCGAGCUCCGGGGCGAUGCCAAGAAGCUUCGGCGGGAGCUGGAACGGGAGCUGCUCUACUCGCAGGACGCCGAGAACCAGGUGCUCGAGGAUGACCGCGCGCGGCGGUGGCUGGCGGAGCUGCGGCAGGUGCUGUACAGAGCGGACGACCGCCUCCUGCAGGCGUACGGGGCCGACGGCGCACAAGACCAGCGGGCGUCCAUGUCUCGACCUCUACCGAUCAUGCGCCAUUUUACCACGGACAGGUAUAUCAAGCAAGAAAUAAGGAACUUACUUAAGGAUAUAUGCUCAGUAUCUAAGAACCGUCCUCUCACGCUCACAAGCAGAAAUAUGGGAGAUGAUCAGCAUGACAGAUCAUGUGAUGGUCAGGAACUCAUGCGCCAUGACAAUUUAGUGGAGCCAGAAAAAAUUGAGAUGAGGAUAUUGCCAUUGGUUGACAAAUUGACAGAACAUCAUGAACCAUCUCGGCAGUUUAUCAUUUUUGCAAUCUAUGGGCUGGGAGGAGUAGGAAAAACAACUAUUGCCAGAAAAAUAUUUGAUGAUCAGAGGACGCAAAGUGCUUUCAGCACACGCGUAUGGGUGUCCAUUUCUAAAGGAUCCAAUGUUGCUCAGAUCUUACAGGCAACAUGUGCUGCUCCAUCUAUAGGGGUCCUGGAAGUACCAAAAACAAAGAACAAACUCCAGAUGCUGUUGGCUGACAAGAUUGGGGAUUGGGGAAGGAGAAUCUUUCUGGUUUUUAACAUACACGACGGUGUUCCCUCAAAACAAGGCAUAGGGAGCCGUGUUUUGAUAACGACCAGUGAUGAGAAUGUUGGCAAUGAGAUAAAGUCAGCUCAAAUCCAGAAAGGUGCCGAAGGAUACGGUCUCCAAACGGACCGCAUAUGGCAGCUAACAGUGGAAGAUAGUUGGAUGUUACUACUUAGGGCAGCUUGUCUGGAGCAAGCAAAAAUCACGCCUGAACUAAAGCAAAUUGGUAUAGGGAUUCUGCAAAAAUGCAAUUGUCUUCCUCUUGCUAUCGAGGCCGUUGGCGGUGUUCUUCGUCAAAAGGGCUACAGACAAAAGGAAUGGGAGGGAAUACGUGAUAGCAGAGCAUUUUCUCUCAAGGAUCCUACCACGGGAACUGAAGGAGUUAGGAGCAGCAUCUAUCUGAGCUACCAGUAUGCGCCACCACAUCUAAAGCAAUGCUUUCUUUAUUUAUCACUUUUCCCUGUAGAUUUUGAGAUUGAGCAACACUUGGUUACUCAGUUGUGGAUUUCAGAGGGCCUUAUUGAUAUUGGUACAAGACAUGGCCACUCAUUAGAAGAGACUGCUGAUGAGCAGAGUAGUGUUUCCCAACAGGAAUCCAACAAGCACAACAACAGUGAAGAGACAGCACAAGAGCCAGGAUCGUCUGAAAUUGUUAUUGUUGAUGAUGAGAACAAUGCUUCAUCAGAACAUGCUAGAGAGAACACUACUUCGUCGCAAGGGAUAGUAGAGGGCCACAACCGUCAGCCACCUAAAGGGUCACCUUGUGUCAGCAGCAGUGGACAUUCUUCAAAAACAAGUCUAGAUAAUAAGCAAAGCCAUUGUUUGGUUCAAGAGAUGGCUGACUCAUACUUCAAAGAGCUUGCAGAGAGGGGUCUUGUUCAACGAGAAAACAAAACAAAACGAUAUAAGAUGCACGAGCAAGUUAGGAAAAUUGCAGACUCCUUAACUGAAAAUGAGGUAUGUGCUGGCGAUCCCAAGUAUGUGGCUACAUUGCCAGCUAGCCUGUAUCGUCUAUCUUUUCUGAACAAAGGACUCACCACUAUCCCUGAAGACGUUGGAAGGCUAAAGAGUCUGAAGACACUUCUCCUAUCUGGCAAUUCACUUGGUGAAACCGACAUGGAUACCAUAUGCAAGAACCUGGAAUUAUUGCGAGUUCUUGACCUCUCAGAUACAGAGAUCCAAUCUGUUCCAAAAACGUUGGGAAAUCUGGUGUACCUUAGGCACCUAAAUCUUUCCCGUACAAGAAUAAGAGCACUCCAUGAGUCCAUUGGCCGCCUCAGGAGACUGCGGUUCUUGGGUUUGCGGGAAUGUGAACAUCUCACUUCCCUUCCCAAAAGCAUACAAAAGUUACUGAAGCUGGAAUAUCUCGAUUUUAGAGACACUAGCAUUACAAAGUCCACAAGGUUGCACAAUCUGAGGCAUCUUACACUUCUUCAUGGCUUUGUAGUGGGCAGCAUGUCUUCAUAUGGCUUACUUUUGGAAGAUCUGCAGAACAUGAGCGAUUUAAGUGACCUGCAGAUAGAUAUUAGAAAAAUUGUAUACAGAAACAUUGAAAGGGAUGGAAUUGGAAUGCUGAAGGAGAAAGGUAAUCUCAGGAACCUGGAGAUCAGAUGCUGUACUGUUAACUCAGAAAAUUUAUCAGCUGGAGAUCCAGAUAGAUUGAAAACAAUGUUCACACAGCUUCAUCCUCCUCAGUGUUUAGUGUCACUCAAAAUUGAUGGCUAUCAUGGAACUGUUUAUCCAGAAUGGUUAUGUUUCUCUGAGCUUCCAAAUCUACAACACCUUAGCCUGGAAAACUGCAAGUCCUGUGGAGGGUUACCACCAAUUUGGCAUCUUCAGAAGUUGAAGUUUCUCAGAAUAGCCAAUCUCUCCAAGCUGCAGACAAUUGACAUGCAACCAACAGCAGAAAUGCCAUCAUUUCCUAAUGUAGAGGAGUUGGAAAUUGAGGACAUGGAAGUUUUAGAAUACUGGUCAGAUUUUCAAGCUGGCGACCUGCCACACCUUCGAAAGUUGGCACUCAGAAGGUGUCCAAAGCUGAAGCGUCUUCCAGGUGGCUUGGAGCACUGCAAAAUUAUAUCAACGAUGGAGCUGAUAGGUGCAGGACUAGUACGGGUCCUUGAGAAAAUCCAUGUGCAAGAGUUGAUUGUGGAAGCAAUGCCAAGUCUUACGGAAGUGUCAAAUCUUCCACUAAUGAAAGCAUUUACAGUGAUCAGCUGCCCAAACCUGGGAAUUGUUUCAGGGGUGAACUCGCUGCAGCACAUUCACAUGGAAGAUGAACAGCUAGAGCAGCUUCCGAAAUGGCUGGGACAGCACUUUUCAAGGAUAGAGACACUAGAUAUAAAAGGCAAAGAACAACUUCUUGCGAGGUGUGAACGCAAUAAGGAAGACUGGUACAUCGUUCGAGAGAUUCCACGUGUUUAUGCAUAUUUGCCUAAGAGAUUGCCAUAUUUCUCGUAUGCCCGGAGCAGUGAUUUUUUUUGUAAAUACAAGACACAGAGAACAGACGCGCGUAAGGAUCAUCUUCAUUCACCAGAAGCUGGUGUACAGAGAACAGGUUUUACAGUCUCGUCCAGCUCCAGAGGAAGCGAUGAUUCACCAUUGGGACCAGCAGCUCCAGUUGAUGAGACCGGCAGGAAGUUCUUGUCACUGGGACCACCUCCAACUGAUGAGACCUACAAGAAAAUCUUGUCGGUGAUGUCAUUGUUUGUUGUUAUCGUGCUUUGGAUGAUCAUGAAUCUCACUGACUCCCACCACAACCUGUUAGAAGACCUCUCUUUGUUUGGUUUCUACGUUUGUACGAUGUUUUACUUCAUUUUUUUGGUAAUGAAACGGCGUCAGUAA